CACAUCGCGCUGGCUGGGAGCAGGGAAGUAAAGGAGGUGCACUGAGUUAGGAGUGUUGCGCAGACUAAAGACACACAGAGAUUACGUUUAUCCAACAAAAGGAGAUGGCCGUUUCUGUCUCCAGGGAUUUAAACGUCCAGGUGCAGGAAGAUGUGAACAAAGUCAAGCUGAAGGACAAACAACAGGAGCUGCGCGCUGCCAUACUGAGGGGUGAGCCCAAAUGUCUGGGGGUGGGCCAAAUAAUGCUGGGGCUGAUGGUUAUUUCCUACUCCCUGCCCUUACACGUGACUGAGGCCACUCAUGUGGUUAACUUCGGUGUUCCCUGGUGGACUGGAUUAACUUUCAUUGCAGCAGGAUCGAUUGCCAUCGUGUUGGACAAACACUGCACAAUAAAGAUUAUGAAGGCGUGUUUGAUAGUGAGCGUGGCCAGCAUGGUGCUGUCGGUGGUGGCUGUGGUCAUCUACUCUGUGGAUCUGAACAAGUAUCAGCUGUCUCCCUGUGAAGACCAGAAAGACUACUCGUGCACCAGGCAUUACUACGGCAUGAAGAUAAGCACGGGAAUAAAGUCAUCUCUCCUUCUCUUCACACUGGCCCAGACAGCCAUCUCUGUCGUGUUCAGUUGGAUUCUCUUCAGGCAGAGACACAACUUUGAGCAAUAUGCUGCUCUCAGCCAUGCUGCAUCAUCUUUAUUGAACUAAAAUGACGAGCAGAAUGGGAAGUCUUGAAGAAUCCAUCUUGCUGAGAUGAAAGGCUUUCUCCAGCUUACACAAGCCUGCUCACUUGUAUCCCUGUUAGCUGAAGUUGUAAACCCGUUUGUUUUUCCUUUGUCUUUCCAGACCUUGAGUAUUUAUACACUUCCGCUAAAUGACUCCGACUCCAAACCAAGAAACAGCAGAGCUAUUACACAGGAAGAGAAGAAAAAACAAAACCCUUAAACCUUAAUAUGAUGAAUAAAGUGUAAUACAUUAAAAGAUGCAUUAAAUUAAUCCAUUUCAAAAUGUAUGAUGAACAGAUGUAAACUGUCUGGGUUUACAAGCUUCUAUGUGCAUCAUGUUAGGAGCUCCAGGACUGGAGACGAACUGAUCAGAAGAAUCUGACAUAGAUGGAAAGACCCACUUCUGUACAAUGACAAGCUUGUGUGCUCACAGCAGCAGCUUUUCACUGCUGCAGUGGUCUAAAAGAGUCCACAUUGUAUGAUGUUUGCAUUCAUGCUACUUCUAGGACUUUAAAGCUUCUCUUCUGGUGAUUGCAUAUGACUGGCAUUUUGGCCUGUAGUUGUUCUGAUAGUAAAUACCAUUUAAAGCUAUUGUUUAAAACAACAUGUCUGGAUUUUCAACCAUUUUAUCCAAUGUGUAUUUUAGAAAACAUUAUUGUGACAAUCCUUCUUUCCAAAAGGUAUGAUGAAUCUCAAACCUUUUGGAAAGUUCCCUUAAACGGAGCUGAGUUUGUAAGAAAAAUGCAUUAAUAUACUCAGGUUGAGCCGCAGACUUGAAUAUGUAUACCAGGGGUCACCAACCUUUUUGAAACUGUAAGCUACUUCAUUUGUGUUGUGUCAUACGAAGGGCUGCCAACACUGAUCUUUGAAGUCAGAGUUCACCUUAACUUUAUGUAAAUGAAAUACAUUUUUCAUUCUUGUUAUAGAUAUUGCCAUUUUAAGAUCUAAUUAAACAAGAAGAAGAAUGUAACAAAAUAAAGUUUUAGAUCCAGCUAACUGGUGGAUUGUGCUUUUUAGAACAGGCUCGUGAGCACCACACGUGGUCCUUGGUGACCCCUGGUGUAUACGGUGCCCGUGAAAAACUUGCCAAAUCCUCUCUGUCAAUGACGUCUGUGUGGCAGUGUAUUAGAUUGGAUCACUGAAGUUUGGUACAAUUAGACAUAUUGGAAAUUGAAUAGAUUGUUCAUUUAGAAGGGACUUAUCGUGGUUUUCACUCCACCCCAUUUGUAGCAUGCUAGGGGAUGAUGUACCGAGCGUUUUUGGCUUAUUCACUUGUAGUUUCGACAUCCUUCAGCUAGGACUACAAAAUUAUUCAGAGAAAUAAAAAGAGAAAUCCAUGACCUGGUUUAGUUCUGCAGCAAAUACUGUGAGGUAAUGGUUCAAAACACAUAGAGAACAGAGAAAAAUUAACUAUUUGAAAAAUAUGACCCAAAAGUAAUAUACAUCGUUGAACAAAAUGUUCCUCCUGAUGUUCAGCUUCCAAUGGACAUGUCUCGGACACCUCAUCAGGCACUGGACUGUCAGCAGCUGGGCAACCAAAAGCUCAAAUCAAGACUCAGUGGCACAAUAGGCUGUUUGGCUCUGGCAGAAAAGAUUUGGCAAUUUUCUUUGAUCAGUUUAAAUUACAUACUCAACUCUGCUUUUCAACCCACCAGUGCAUUUUCCUUACAAACAAGGCAACAGUUAAAAAGAAUUAAUCAGACUAAGUAUAUGUGUUGGCUCAUGUAAUUUAUGUACAUUCAAAAACAAUAUCAAAUAAAAAUAUAAUGUUUUGUGACAUUC